UUAAAUCUUUGCCAGUCUGGCGAAGAGGAUUCUGAGCAUUAGAAAACGGGACACGUCCCAAAUUAAAAUUGGGGCCCACCCUGAGCCUCGUCUAUGCGAAUGCUCCAUCUGUUUCGACGAACUUGUUAUUUCUCUCACUAUAAUUUAUGAGCGGUGAACACUAGGCAGUCCUCUCCGCCGGCGCUGGGUCUUCCAUCCAAGAUAGGAACCGGAGCAGAGAGCUUGCUCUUUGGGUUCUCACCCUAACCUCCUCAUACAUAACAGACGCGUACAUAUAUAUCAUGAGACGGCUCAUCUUCGGCGCAACCGCAAUACUUCUCCUCUCCAUCUUACUCGCCGUCGAUCGCGUAGACUUUCUCUUUCCGCCGGCCGAUCCGAAAGAAGAGGGUCGGAGCCUGGAAACUCUUCCAAUCGCCGGUGCCGUAGGACCCGAGAGCUUCGCCUUCGACCCGCUCGGCGGCGGCCCUUACACGGGCGUAUCCGACGGCCGGAUUCUCAAGUGGCAGCCAAAUGAACGGCGGUGGAUCAGUUUCGCCGUCACUUCUCCCAACAGGGAAGAGUGCGAAGCAGGGGCAGAGGGGCAGGAAGCGAGGGAGCACAUAUGCGGGAGGCCAUUAGGACUGGGAUUCAACGAAGAGACAGGGGACAUGUACGUGGCCGAUGCUUAUAAGGGGCUUCUUGUGGUCGGGAGAGAAGGCGGCUUGGCCCAUAGGGCCACGGCGGAAGCACCUGCUGGCGUCCACCUCCGCUUCACCAACAGCUUGGACAUUCACCGCCGCACUGGGGUCGUCUUCUUUACCGACAGCAGCUCCCAAUACCGUCGAAGGGAUUACAUGUCUGCGGUCGUGAGUGGGGAUAAAACAGGAAGGCUCCUGAAAUACGACCCUCACAGCAACCAAACAACAGUUCUCCUACGCAAUCUCUCUUUCCCCAAUGGUGUGGCUCUCAGCCGCAAUGCCCAUUUCCUUCUGCUUGCAGAGACCAACACCUGCAGAAUCCUAAGGCUGUGGUUAAGCACGUCCAAGCUUGAAGUGUUUGCCCAAUUGCCAGGAUUCCCAGACAACAUCAAGAGGAAUUCCAAAGGGGAGUUUUGGGUGGGAAUUCAUUCUAGGAGAGGGAAGUUCUUGGAAUGGAUUCUAUCCUAUCCUUGGAUAGGAAAGGCUUUGCUCAGAAUUCCCUUUCAGCCUCUGAAGCUGGUUUCAGUUGUGAAUGAGUGGAGAGGGAGUGGGUUUGCUGUGAGGUUGAGCGAGGAUGGGGAGGUAGUGGGAGUGUUUGGGGACAGGGGCAGGAGGAUUUGGAAGGCCAUUAGUGAGGUUUUGGAGGAGGAAAAUGGGAAUUUGUGGAUUGGGUCUGUGGCUAUGCCUUUUGCUGGCUUGUCCAAGCCGCAAAUUUGAAUUUUAGGGUUAUGGCUGAUCUUGCUUUUGGAUGUUGUUGAGAAAUUUUAAAUCUUGAAUGCUUUAUAUAACUUAAUUUCUUAGAUGGUUCAAA